AUGGCUGAUGUGCAAGAACUGCUCUACACAUUGAUAGAGGUCCUCAUAGCUGUGGGCUGUUGCCUGGGAAACAUGUUUGUGAUUUGGGCAGUGUGGAAACACAGGGCUUUGAGAAAGCCCACCUACUACUUUGUCAUGUCCCUGGCAGUGGCUGAUUUCCUGGUGGGAGCAGUAACUGUGCCCCUAGCUGUGCUCGUGGAUGGGCGAGUGCACACCUCCUUCCACAACUGCCUCUUCAUCAGUUGUGUUGUGAUAGUGCCCAUCCAGGCAUCUGUGCUUUCACUCUUGGCCAUUGCUAUUGACCGAUACCUGUGUGUGCGGAUCCCACUCAGGUUUAAGAGGGUGGUGACCCUGAGGCGUGUAUGGAUUGUAGUAGGAGUCUGUUGGCUCUCUGCUGGUGUUUUAGGCUUCAUCCCCCUGUUUGGAUGGAACAACCAUGAAUCAUUAAUGAAAUCUGUAAACUCCACUACUAUCACCUGUGCCUUUAUCACUGUUGUUCCAAUGUCAUAUUUAGUCAACAUGAUCUUUUUUUCUUGCUUUCUUCCUCCCUUGGCAAUCAUGGCAGUUUUGUAUUUUUGUGUUUUCACCUCUAUUCGGAGGAAGCUCAGAGGAAGGGGUGUGGCUCCCGAAUCUAACUUGUAUUACCACAAAGAACGACGGCUGGCUGGGUGUCUGACCCUGGUCCUCGUGCUGUUUAUCAUCUCCUGGCUUCCUUUACACAUCAUGAACACUGUCACCUUUUACCUCCAUGCACGCAUUCCCCAUUCCCUUGUCCGCCUAGGCAUCCUCCUCACUCAUGUCAGCUCGGCCAUCAACCCCGUAGUUUAUGCCUUCAAAAUCCCAAAGAUACAUUCAGCGUACAGAAGCUUAUGGAAGAGGGUCUUCCAUUGUUUCAAAGAACCGCCCAAAGAUCAGAAGAGCCAGUCUGUGGACAUGAGUAACUACACAAACAGCACAAGCAGAAAGGAUCAAACAAAGAUGACUCUGCACACAACUUCUCUUCAGGCCAGAAAUGAAAGAAAUUAA